UCACAUUGUCCUUCCCAUCCUUUUAUCAUUUCAACCAAUAUAUCCCAACACUUAAUCACAGUGUUUAUCCUUCAGCCACCAUUUCCUCACAAAUGAACAGUUUCCCACCCGCUCAACGACGACCGCGCCGCCGUCGCGGAAAUCCCCGCUGCGGCCCCCGUCCCAUCCCCGCCUACACGGUUCCUCAAGACCUCACACCUUCUCUCCCCCUAAUCCCUCAAGCCACCUGCCCUUUGUUCACGCACAUUCCUGCCGAGAUCCGGAAUACAAUUUACGCAUAUACGCUCGAAUCCUCCUCGUCGCCCGACGACCCCAGCUCCACCACCACCACCGCUACCGCUUCCAGCUACGCCCAACAAGCCCUCUAUUACCGCCCGGGCUUCAAAUCUCCCAAGCGCAUCUCCACCUCGCUCCUGCAAACAUGCCAACAGAUCUACAACGAAGCCUCGCUCCUCCCACCGGCCAUAAAUCACCACACGUUCUGGUGCUACCGCCCGCCACCGCACGUCAAGAACCCCUCCUCCCCAGCUGACUACUUCGCGCGCAUGACGCCCAAGCAGCGGUCCGCUGUACAGGAGCUGCAUUUCUUCACCCAGCAGUUCUUCCUCGAAGAUUCCUCCUGGGCGAACAUGUGGGCGACCAAUGAGGCCUGGCAGUUGCAGAUGAGGAAGGGGAAGCGGAAGCUCGAAGCCAAUGCCGAUGAGGCGGGUGAUCAGGAGAAGCGCGAGGCUAAACGGCGUGAGGCAGGCGUGAAGGAUAGCCAGGAACCGGAGGAGGAUUCGAGCGAUGGGGUCCUCUCGCCCAAGAAGAUGACCCUCACGCUCCGGCAUACGGAUUGGUGGUUCUGGGAGGAUAAUGAGCCGCUGGGAAUCGAUCCGUUUCGUACGGGUAGGACGAGGGCGGAUGAAAUGGGCGAAGUGAGGCGGCCACUGACCCCUUGGGAGGAGGAGCGGGUGUGGGGGAAUCAGUUCAAGCGGCUACCCAGCUUGGAGGAGUUUGUGAUUGAAUUUGAGACCGUCAUGCGGAAGAGGGAUCAGCUGGAUGCGAUUGUGCAGAUGGCGCUCCGUUGGAGGUUCCCGUUGGUCUUGAGUGAGAGAGAGAAGGUGUUUCUGGUGGCGGACGAAGGGUCGAGGAAGGCGUAUACCUGGAUCGGGGCGAAGGAGGACAUCUUGAGAGAUGUCGUUAUGGGAGUUGAGGACCAGGAUGGGCAAGGGGGUAAUGCUAGCCAAGCGGUCAAGCCGCCUCCGCGGUUGAUUCCAUUUGAUGCGGAGAAGGAGUUCAAGACUGAUGCUGUGAAGUCCGGACAAGAAGGCGAGGGCAGCAAACAGACGGAGCAGAAGGAGAGUCAGAAGAAGCAACAGGAUUUCGAUACGCAGACUGAGGAGAAGUACUAUGUGGUAUUCGUGACGUGGAGGAGGCAGCGUGCUAACUAAUCUUGUACCUUAAUGGUGAGUUUGUUGGACAUGAUUCCUAACUAAUCGAUUAAUCUUUACAUCCUUGCAACUGUCAGAAGUAUAAUCGAGAGGCU